CUAUUUCAAGGAUCCCAAUACUGCUGUGGAACCACAGGGUGAAGUGUCCACCAUGAAAUAUGAAGACACUAAACUUGAUAAUAAUCCUGAACACAAGCAGAUUUGGGAGGAGUUCAAGGAACGCAAUCUUCUUCGUAAGAUGGAUGUGGCGUUCAAUUUAGUUCCGUGCAGAAUUGAUGAACUUAAGAAUAAGACAUCGACAGAUAUAAGAAUGAUUGCAGAAAACGAUGCUGAUGAUGAGACAAAAGAAUUUGUCAUAGAUGUACCGCCAUUAAAACAAGAGUUCCCGGAACUAGCAUGUCAAAAGUCGCAAGUUUAUCCCCUGCCGCUGUCGUUUGAGAACCAAUGCACAACUAUGGGAACAGCAAAUAAUCUCUCACUUUUCAGUGAAGAGUUCAACUUUCCUUGCAAACCCGCCGAAAAGUAUAUUCCAAUGAGACAAAACGCAGCCAAUUUUAAUCUGGAGGCCGCGUAUGAAAGAUAUGCCUUUCUUAAAUCUUUGGAUAAACAUAAGGACAAACAACGUAGAUAUGAAAAUAUUUUAAGGAAAAGAGAUGGUGAAUCUGCUGAUAAAGACAAUGUCCAAGUGCUUGAUAAUUCAAUUAUUGGAGUUUUAGAUAGUGACAGUGAUAGUGACAACUUUUCAGACUAA